AUGUUAUCUCGCAGAAUCGUGGGCAGGUUUCCUUUGGCGAGCAUCAGUGCUCGUCGGUUUGCCAGCAAGGUUUCGGCCGAUCAACUGCUGAUCUCUAGAAGUGUCCAGGAUGUAGACCCAGAAAUGUAUGAGAUACUGCGUGCUGAGCGGCAGCGUCAGAAGGGGAGUAUCACGUUGAUCCCUAGUGAAAACUUCACCUCCAAGUCUGUGAUGGAUCUGCUUGGUAGCGAAAUGCAAAACAAAUAUUCGGAAGGUUAUCCGGGUGAACGCUAUUACGGCGGUAAUGAAUUCAUUGACAAGGCAGAGAAGCUGUGCCAAAAACGUGCUUUGGAGCUUUAUGGCCUAGACCCUGCGAAAUGGGGUGUUAACGUACAGUCUUUGUCCGGUGCCCCCGCAAAUUUGUACGUUUAUUCUGCAAUCUUGGAAGUUGGCGACCGUUUAAUGGGACUGGACUUACCUCAUGGUGGCCAUCUAUCCCAUGGCUACCAAUUGCCUAGCGGCACGAAAAUAUCUUAUAUUUCGAAGUACUUCCAAACUAUGCCUUACCAGGUUGAUAUUCGGACUGGGUUGAUAGAUUACGAUAGUUUGGCGGUGACCUCCAAGUUAUUUCGGCCUAAAGUGAUAGUCGCUGGUACAUCGGCUUAUGCUAGAGAGCUAGAUUAUAAGCGCUUUAAAGAGAUUGCUAAUGCUUGCGGUGCAUAUUUGAUGUCUGAUAUGGCCCAUAUUUCUGGUCUCGUGGGUGCAGGAGUCUUGCCAUCUCCGUUUGAGUACUCUGACAUUGUUACUACUACUACUCACAAGUCUUUGAGAGGCCCAAGAGGCGCUAUGAUAUUCUACAGAAAGGGCCUGAGGAGUGUAUCUAAGAAGGGCAAGGAGAUCAUGUAUGAUCUAGAAAAGAAGAUUAACUUCUCAGUAUUCCCUGGGCACCAGGGUGGUCCCCACAACCAUACUAUCUCUGCUCUAGCUGUGGCAUUAAAGCAGGCAGCUACUCCUGAGUUCAAGGAGUACCAGAAGGCUGUCGUUAAGAACGCUAAGGCUUUCUCUGAUGAGCUUUUGAAGCGCGGUUUUAACCUCGUGUCUGGAGGGACCGACACUCACUUGCUUUUGGUCAACUUGUCUAACAUGAACGUUGAUGGUGCGAGAUUGGAAGCAAUUUUGGAAAAGAUUAACAUUGCUGCAAACAAGAACACAGUUCCGGGUGAUAAAUCCGCUUUGUUCCCAUCUGGUUUAAGAUUGGGAACCCCGGCCAUGACCACCAGAGGUUUUGGUCCUAUUGAAUUCGGCCAAGUUGCUGAAUAUAUUGACCGUGCCACCAAGCUGGCUAUUGCCCUCAAAUCUCACGAAUCUCCAGAACAUAAAGAUGCUAGAUCUAAGCUAGCUAACUUCAAGCAAUUGUGUGAUGAGUCGGAACAUGUUUCACAACUUGCUGCUGAAAUUACACAGUGGGUUAAUCAAUAUCCAGUUCCAGGCGAGUUGUAA